CUUAAUUAUUAGCUUGUAGAAGGAAAGGUGGGGAAUUGUGCAAGAAAGAAUCAACACAACAACAGAGACAGCUCCAUCUCUGUCUCAUGUCUGUGUGAAGCUUUGCCUCCUCGUAUUCAUCUCUGUUCUUGCUUCUCUCAAGCACCCAAUACACCAAAUUACUCAACAAUCAAACCCUUUUACCUCCCCAUUUCUACCAUCGAAUCAACAUUUCAUUUUCCCAUUUUGAUGAACUUUGAUUUUGAACCCCUGUUCUUCCUUCUUUCAUAAUCUCUCCUCUGUUUUUUUCCACCCCCUUUUUUCCCACAAUGCUAGUUGCAAAUAGUUUCGAUUUGUGGAAGAAGGAUGGGUUCUUUUCUGCCGCCGAGCAGGUCCAAGAAUCUGCCGAUACAAUGGAGUUUGCAUAUAGAACAUGGAUAAGAGAGAAAAGAGAAGGGAUAAGUCCCGAUGAUUUGGAUGAACUCCGUCGGGAGGUUCAAAUGGCUCUUGGCACAGCCAAAUGGCAGCUGGAAGAAUUUACGAAAGCUGUUAGAGUUAGCUAUCGCUCCAGAAAUGAAGAACAUUUGUUGGAAAGACAUGGACUAUUUAUUGCAGCCAUUGGAAAUCAAAUUUCCCAUGUUGAAGCUGCUUUAAGAAAAUCUUAUGACAAAGAGGGCAAGCAGCCACUUCGAUGGGUAAAUCUAAAUGAGGAAGAAUGCGAUGAUUUGGCUACAUUUCUCUCUGGCAUAUCGCAAGUUCCACAAAGUGCAAAAACUGAAUCAUCUGUGUGUAGGUCUUCAGCAAAAAAUUCUAUAUAUGAGAAUCAUGAACGAGUAGUGGCAGAUAUGAAACUUACUUCUACCUGUAGCUCAAGUAAUUCUUCUAAAAUGAAGGGUACUGAAUAUGCCAAUGCUGUAGACAUAGACUCACAGAAAGUCAAAGAUUUGGAAGUGAAAGAAAGUUUUAGAAGAGUAGAUGAUGCACUAUGCAAAAUGGAUAGAUCAACAAAGGCAAGGAGAGCAAGUCCACCAACUGCUCCUGACCUGCAAAUUGUAAUUGUGGAUGAAAAUCAAGAGAGAAAACAGUCUAUUACAAGUCUAGAAGUUUCAAGAAAAGGAAAAUCAGGAUCAGUCUUCUGGAAACGCGGAUGUGGAAAUUUUUCUCAGCUCUUUGGUAGGGUUCAGCAGCGACAGAUAUACAGACCCUGGCAUCUUCAGCUUACAUGUUCUGUUCAAUUUACUCUUGCAUUGAUGUUGACUAUAUUCUUGAUCGUGCCCAUUGUCUUUUAUUCAGCUUGAGACUUUGAGUCGAUUAUACAGACAACAUUUUCGAUCGUAACAGGUGUUUGAAGAACAAUAACAUAACAUUCAUGUGCUGAGUUUCCAUGCCACCCCUAAGCUGAAAAUGGGAAUAAGGUAUGCAUUCAUUAUUGUUGCGGCUGCAAAGUUUGUAAAUGUCUGGUACUCUGGUUGAAUUGUUAAAUGUCACAUAGAACAUCACCCGUGUAAAUAAAUAUAUUCGGGCAUUUUGCCAUUAUUAUUAUUUUUUAACCAGAGAGAAUUUUUUUCAUUGAAUUCAUGAAAACAAACUAAUGUUCAAAGAUACAGACUCCACAAGGAAGUGAAAAACACCGAACAAAUUGGAACACAAA